AUGGCCUGUCCCGUUGCCUGUCCCCGGGGGAAGCUGCGCUCCCUGCCCCCGGGGCUGGCCGCUGGCUUCCCCUCGCCCAAGCUGGAGACAGGAGGAAGCAGCGAACUCCUGAGCUUCUACACCACCAGCUACAGGGUGGCCCAUGGCCAGCCACGCUUCCGCCCCCGCCUCGGCCGCCACACCGGUGCCGGCUUUGUGCCCAACAACUACUCAGCCCUCUCCUACCUGCUCUGCCCACGCAGCACAUCAGAGGGCUGCUGCCGGGACGUUGCCGCCUCCACCACCACCGAGCAUUUCAGGCCCCUCUGGCUCCCUGACGGCCGAAGCUUCCUGCCCAGGCAUGUCCAGCAGCCAGGGAGUGGCUACCUCCAGGAGUCUGCCCCUGCCUGGCUCUACACAGAGGGGGUUCUCCAGGGACCCCCAAAACCAUCCAGGGAAUGUGGCACUGAGAAACUCCACCCUGGUCCUGCCCGGCCAGACAUCCUUCAGAAGAUGACCAUUGGUGCCAAGCAGCAGUCAGGCUUCACCAGGGCCACCCCAAGGACCAAGGACAGCCUGGCAGCCCUGCCAGGCCAGCCUCUCGGCGUGAGUGUCACCAGGAUGGAUUAUGUGCCCUCUGUGCACAGCCAUGGCAGAGAGACUCUUGCAGCGCUGCCCCUGGGCUCCGAGAGAGGCAGCGGCUUCGCCAGGGAGGUGCCAAGGUCCCUGGGCACAGUGGACUUGCCCAGGCUGGGCCACCAAGGGCUGCAGGCACCGGGAGUGACCCACAGCAGCUUCCUGGGACACCCUAGAGUUGGCAGAACGGAGCCAUCAGGGUUCACUACCAACUACAGCCAGAACGUCACCCUUGGCCCAACCUGGUCCCCCCCAGCACCAGCUCACUGCUGCCGGGAUCCAUCCUGGACAGCAAGACCCAUGGGGGGCAUCCAGCCCCAACGUCCCAGUGGCUUCAGCACCAACAACCACAGCACUGGGCUGGCAGACAGCGUUGGCCACCUCCUGGCGUGA